CGAGGUCUUUCCAGUCAGAAAUUGGUGUUACAGUUGGCCACGACUGUCGACUGUGUGUGACGAGCAUCAUGGCGGAUACGGACGCCGAACCGAUGUCACGCUUACUGAAAAUCGCUAAUAAAUUCAACUGCUUCUACUUGUCAGGUUUCCAUGCCGGCGAUUGCAGAGCAUUCGUCGUAGAUGGACAACAAGUGGGGCUUGUACGACCGGAUGUGAUGAAAGAACUGCUCAAUCAUCCGCAGGUCUUCCAAGUACACCCGGAAUACGUACAGCUCAAUCCAGCCUUUCGAGGAUAUGGAGAACGAAGUGCUCGUGUUGAUGAAGUUCUUCAAGAGUGGAGAGCUGGUGGGAAAUUCAUAACUCUUCGAGGCUGGAGAGAAGAAUGUUACGAAGUCAGAGCCCAGUUCAACACACCACCACUUUUCAAGAUGGAUCGAUCGGCAACCUGCUUGUUCGGAAUUCGAAAAUAUGGGGUCGACAUAAACGGCUACGUGAUGGACCCCAUAAAGGGUUUAUCGAUUUGGCUACAGAGGCGUAGUCCAAACAAACAAACGUGGCCAGGUUAUUGGGACAACAUGAUUAGCGGUGGUUUAAGCGUUGGUUUUGGUAUACAAGAAACUGCCAUAAAAGAAGCCGGUGAAGAAGGUAGCAUUCCAACGAAUUUACUCGGAAAGCUUAAGAGCGCUGGUUGCGUAUCGUUGUUUUUCGAAAGCGAGAGAGGUCUCUUCCCGAACACGGAAUUCGUCUAUGAUCUUGAAUUACCACCGGACUUUGUACCGAGCAAUAGCGACGGCGAAGUUGAGGAGUUCGAGUUGUUGCCGGUCAGCGAGUGUCUCGAGAGGGUACUCUCGCCUCAUUUUAAAACCACGUCUAUUCCAGUUGCACUUGAUUUUCUAAUUAGACACGGCCACAUUACUCCGGAAAAUGAGCCUAAUUUUAUUCAAAUAAUGGAACUACUCCACGUACCGCUGCAAACAAUGUAUAGUCACGUACGGGAGCAGACCAAGCAUAAAAUAGCUGCCAAUGGUGAAGCGAAUAACGCUCUAUAAUGAGUUUAGGUUUACUUAUAUAAGGAAGAAAAAAGAUUUAAAGAAAAUAAAAAUAGGCACUAAUUUCAAGCAUACGAAGGCUACAGAAAACAAACAAAUGAACAGAUUCAAUAAAAUGAAUAAGCUAUUGUCCUCUUUCCCCGUCUUAAAUUUUCAGAAGUUCGAACGCGUUUUUUCAUUUAUCAGUCCUCUGAUAUUUGCCUCUCUCUCUCUCUCUCUCUCUCUCUCUCUCCCCCUCUUCGUUGAUAUUUGUAUUUCUACAAAAUCUGUGAGAUGUUGAAGUUCGACACCGCGUUGUUAUUGGAAAAUUGAAUACUCAUAUACCUGAUAAAUGUAAAAAUUUAUGCGACUAUCGGGUUAUUAACGCGCAAAGAACUGUUGUUUUUUUACCGAUGAUUUUCACAAGUUGCAGUCAGUUUCCCCAUUCGUCGAUUAAAAGUUGUGUCACUGCGAGAGAGUGCAUUCAGUUGGCCGUGAUGUGAUAUUAACACGAAAGUAAUCAAUCGAUCGAUAUAACUUUUCUAGAAAUACGUUUUUUUUUCUUGGAAUAUCGGAGACUUUAUCAGUGUGUAUUUGUGUGAGCACGUGAAAUUGUUUGUAUGCAUGAGUAUUGGAAUACGGAGGGGAAAGGGAGCAACAAUGCUUCCACUAUUGCUCUAGGAGGUUUACUAUCAUUUAACUGCUUUGAUACAUUUAUAAUAAAAAAAAAAUUAAAAAAAUAAAAACAUUAAAAGGCAGAAUGUAAUGAUGGCAAAAGCGAAAUGAAGCGUGAAAGCGCAAUAAAGGAACUAACUUUUUUAACACGAGCAAGGCUGUUCAGAAGUGAGUUAAUAAAAUAAUUAAAAACAACAGUGCGACAUCGAAAUUCAAUAUUUAUAGCAGAUGUUAUUGUAUUUUAAGAAUCAAUCAGAUAUGGCAAACCAAAUAGAAACACACAAAAAAAAUGAAUAACGAAAAAUAAUUUUAAAAAUGACGAAAAUCUUGGAAUAUGUGUAUAUGUAUAAUCACACAUGUGUGCGAGAAAUCUUUAUAAUUAUUAUAUCGUGUGCAACGGAAAGCAAUUGUUUUUUAAUUAAAGUAUUAACUUUGCAUUCCAAUUACGAGACGAAAGAAAUUAAUUCAGCUCUUCAAGGCGUAACAAACCAAAAAAUUUUCCCUCUGUACGUUCUCUAUUUAAUUUCUCAUUUCACCAUAUGCUGUAUGACAAAUUUGCCCUGCGCGUCAUUCGUUGCAUUUGAUGUCAGCUUCCAUCGUUUCGGAAGUCAUAAGCGAUAUUAUCAAAUUUUUAACGAAUAAUGAAUCACGAGAAAUGAUUUAAUCACUAGAGGCUGACGAUAGUAUCAUCGAGCUUGAUCGAAUUUUAAAUCCUCUUGCACUAUUUCAGUUACAAGUGGACUUUUCUUUUACAAAAAAAUAUUUAAACCCUUAUAUGGCCCGUAUUUAUCUUAGUUCUGUUUCUAGAUAAUUUCUUGUUAUUUGUUUAUUCUUUCAAUCAAUUGUCGAUGCACAACGACGUGCUAUCGAAAGCAUUCUGCAGUCAAUACAAACGAAUCUAUCAGUAUGCAAAAAGCACAAGGUACUUAUGCAAUAUGUAGAUGUUGCUUCUGUUCAAUAUUUUUUUUUUUAUUAAGAUGAAUAUCAUAUAACAAUCAUUUGUGGUUCUUAAGAAAAUAUUGUUUAAUGUUAUUUUUUAUUCGAAUACAUUGGUCGAAUUGUUUUUUCGUUAUUGAGAAUUACAAUGUUUUCAUUCCGAAUAUUUAAGUAAUAAAACAUAAAAUGUGGAACAACUACGUGAAAAAAUAUAUACAAAAAGUACGCCCAUCUCCAGAAAUUGUAUCAUCUUUUAUUAUUAUUAUUAUUAUUAUUAUUAUUAUUAUUAUUAAUUCAUUAUUAGUGACAUUACGAAUAAUGUAAUUAUCGUAUAGUGACGAGCACAUAAUUGCAAGCUACCAUGUUUACGGAGAUGGGUUGAGAAAUGUGAUUGAAUAAUUUUAUAUUGGAUAGUAGACAGUAGGCAUGAAUGAAGAUAGUUUCCGAAAGUAAAAUCGAGUUCAAUUGUUCUCCGAACAGUGGAUGCGUAGCAUUUACAGGAUUCCGCGCUUAGCCGAAAUUGCUAGUAUAACUUUAGUACUUUUUUAAUGACGAAAAAAAACCAUGCUUGAUGUGCUAGUCACUGUUACUGACAGUUUAUUAGCCCGAUAAUUUAAAAACCCGAUAUUGUAAGAAUAACGAGAAAACAUAAAGACAAAGAGAGAGAGAGAGAGAGAGAAUAAUCUCGUUCUUGCGUGACAACUGUUUUGUCUAUUUGACAACAAUUGUUACAGUUCUAUUGUUAAUCACGUAGCUGAGAGAUAACGACUUUAGGUACUUCUCGAUAUCGACAGCUGUUACAUUCAGUCUGCCCUCUCCCUCCCGCUUCUCCACCGAUUCGUGAAAAUUGCAAAUUUUGUAUUUCUUUUCGUAUGCGUUUAUUCUACAACGCACAAAAAAUGUGCCACUCACUUGAGACUUUAAUUGCAUACGAAAUCUUGUCACUUCCUGUAGCAUCUUGACAAAAAUGCCUGGAAUUGUUUUUAUUUUCUUUUUAUUGUAUUAUAAAAAACUGUAAGACUGUUUCACAGUAUGUCUGUUUUUGUUUAAUAAUUUCAAAUGUACGAUUUAAUCCGAUAUUUUAGCCAGUUAUAAAAUUGUGUAUUGAAAAAUCAUCAAUUCACAACCAGAGAUAUAUUGUGAAAUGGAGAAUUGUUUCCCCAUUUCAAUUGGUCCUCGAAGCUCAAAAUGUAUUUAAUAGUUUCUUGUUCAACUUUACUUGGAUGGUAUCUUUCACUUGACACCCAACCAAAAUGCAGCAUGGAAUAUCUAUAAAAUAUGAAAUCAUGGAUCUUCGCCGAUUUUGUGACAGCGUAUAAAUAUACACAAAUAUAAAUUAUAUGACAUGGGUGGAAAACAAUAAAUGAACGAUUCAUGUCACCA